UAUAGUUGUUGAUAUGAGAUCAACCUUGUUCCUCCUUUUGUGCUUACAAACACUUCUGGGCAAAAGUCCAGAUCGCAGAAAAAAAGUCUACUGCAAAAAAGUCUAUACAAAUCUUUCUAAAUGUGUGGAUAAACACGGAUACGUAUUGUCGAUCUGUCUUUUACCAGACCUAUCUGGUAACAUGUACCAAGCUGAGCACCGACAAAGAAAAAGGAAGAUCAGGAAAUGCACAAAGACAGAAAAGAAGUUUAAACUGCACUGCGGUUGUCCGGGAGUCGAUUUAUCUUCAACUCUUCCGGGCGGUGAUUUACCUGUAAAUCAUGGUCAGGAUUGGAAGAGAUCACAGUCAGGAUUGGAAGAGAUCAUCCCCCACAAAACAUGUUACCUGGGUGAUGGUACUGGAUACCGUGGUAACGUUAACGUCACAGCUCGAGGAGACACGUGUCAAAGCUGGUCCCAUCAACUGCCACACUACCACAGUCGGACAUCUCAAAACUACCCUAACAGUGGUUUGGGCGACCAUAAUUUCUGCAGAAAUCCCGAUUUUGAGGCAUUACCUUGGUGUUACACAACGGAUCCUGAUCUUAGAUUUGAUUAUUGUAGUAACAUUGAGAAGUGUCCUGGUGAAUACGAUUACGAAUGUCAGCAAGGGGCAGGCUACUUGUACAAGGGGGAUGUGAUGGAUACAGUAGAUGGGCUAGUCUGUGACUUGAGCUUGGACAAAGCCAAGACUACUCUCAACUGUUUAGAAGGAAAUGGUGUUAGCUACAUUGGAAAUGUCUCGGUAACUGAAGGUGGGUUCCAAUGCCAGGAGUGGAGCAAACAAGUCCCUAACCCUCAUCCUUAUUACGGUCUAGGAGAACACAAUCACUGCCGCAACCCUAAUGGGAUAAAAGCUAAGCCGUGGUGCUACAUCACCAACCCCGACCAGUCUAGCCAGUGGGACUUCUGUGAUGUCCCAGUGUGUAAUGAAGACCUGAAGGAGGGCCGAACCAUCACCUACCACGCGAACAGAUGUGGCAAUUCUCCACAUGACGAUCACAUGACAGGGGCUUGGUGUCGUAACUCUAAAUCUGAAAAAACACUUUGUGUUGUCCGCCAUUGUACUGAUAUGAUUGAUGAUGGUGAGUCCAACUAUACAUUUAAUUGCAUGAAUGAGGAGGACCUAGGAGCGGGAUAUCGGGGCUCUGUAGACACCACUCAGUCCGGAUAUGAGUGUCAACGUUGGGAUGAACAGUCCCCCCACGCCCACAGCAUAUAUCUUAACCUAGAAAAGGGGAUUGGCGAACAUAACCGCUGUAGAAACCCCGACGGAGAACAUAAGCCCUGGUGUUAUACGACAGAACCGACUCAUCGGUGGGAAGUAUGUGAUGUUCCUUACUGUACUACUGAAGAAGAAGAAGAAGAACAUUUUUUAAAUAUAGAAAUUUUACAUUAACUAUAUCAUUGAUUCAGUUAUAUCAGUAUUAGAAAUGCUACCAAGUGAGACAACGAAUUAGCUUAUUAACACGAGAAA